UGAUUUGUUAGUAUAUUUCAUUAUUCUUUUACUCUACCCUCUCAUUGCCAUAUUUUCUUGAUUUUCCGGCGACCCUUUUGCCGGAACACAACAUUUUCUUGCAAAGAUUACAUUUUUAUUACUUUUUGGUGGAUUUUUAACCAUUUUCUUGGUUUUCCUGCCACCCUUUUGUUUUCUCCGGGAACAACUCCGGCGAUAUUUACUUUUUUUUUUCCCAGUUGGGAUUUCUUAAAGUGCAAAAUUUGGGUGUAAAGACUUAAUCUUUGAGUUUGUUUGAGCUAAUAUGCAGUUAAAGAUUAGAUUUUUCCAUCUGGGUGUGGCUAAAUCAGAUCAUGGAAGUGUUAAACAUGCACGUACAUGUCAGAAUAGGUAAGUUUUUUAACUUUGGUUUGGUGUUCUUGAUAGUAUAUUUGGUGGGUGUAUGGUUUGCUAUGGGAGAUAAUACAGAUGAGAAAAGGAAAAGUAGAAUUGAGAUGGAAAAUCUUUCUAUGGAAACAAAUAGAUUUUCAAGGGAUUUGUUGCAGAGAUUCAUGGGGGGUGGUGGUAGUAGUAGUAGUAGUUCAGGAAAAUCUAGAGUUGAGGUUGUUGUUGCUGGAGGGAAGGAGGUGAAGGAGGAAGAAGAUGAAGGGGAAGUAGAGUUGAAUCUUGGUUUAUCAUUGGGAGGUAGAUUUGGUGUUGAUAAAUCUUCUAAUAGUAAUAAGUUGAUAAGGUCUUCUUCUGUAGCUUCUUGCUUGCCUAUAGUGAGAGAUGAUGAUACUCUUGCACCACCACCAGUGUCUUAUCCUACUUUAGUGAGAACUUCUUCUUUGCCUGUGGAGACUGAGGAAGAAUGGAGGAAGAGAAAGGAGUUGCAAACUUUGAGAAGAAUGGAAGCUAAGAGGAGGAGAUCAGAGAAACAGAGAAAUUUGAGGGGUGAUAAAGAAGGUGGAGGAGGAAGUACUGUUGUUGGUGGGGGAGGGAGUAUGGAAGAUGAAAAGAGGGAAAUUGAGAUGAAUUUAAGAGGUAGAUUAGAUAAAGAACAGUACUUGGCAUCUGCGAAAAGAUUUGGUUUAUCGGUAUCGCCAACGUUGGCUGCCGUUUCAAGGCAAGGUAGUUUAACAGGAGGUGGAAUAGAUUUGACAAUGGGGAAAGGUAAAGGAAGUUAUUCAGGAGGUAAAAUGCAAGGACAUGGGAAAUUGGGGUCACAAGGUUCUGUUGAAUCCCAAGGUGGUGGUAGUUCUUCAAGUAUGUCUGAAUUGGAAAGUAAACUUCCACAAGGGUCUGGCGAGCUAAGCCCGGCCAGUAUCCACUCAUUACAAGGAGGGGGGAGUCAAGAUAUUGGUUUGUCUGGGUCAAAAAUGAGAGAGACCGGAAGCAGAAUGUCAGGAGGUGAUAUGGACAGUCCAUCUAAGAAGCUCGAGGCAGCAAAAAGUCGGGCAAAGGAAACUGGAACAAACACAUCAGAAAAUAUGCCAUGCGUUUUCACGAAAGGAGAUGGUCCUAAUGGUAAAAGAGUAGACGGAAUAUUAUACAGGUACAGCAAAGGGGAGGAGGUAAGAAUUAUGUGCGUCUGUCAUGGAAAUUUUCACUCACCAGCCGAGUUUGUCAAGCACGCUGGAGGUACCGAUGUUGCUCACCCUCUCAAGCAUAUUGUCAUAAACCCCAAUGCUUCUCCCUUACUGUGAUUGAUACCACAGGGUUUUCGGUGGAAGAGGAUAUCACAGAGCACACCGUGCAAAGCAGUAACUUAUUCCAUUCCCAUUUUUGUUUCUUUGAUUCCUCUCUUUAAGAGAGAGAUAUAUGUAUCGACUUGUGCACAUCUUGGAGGGAUACUGGACUAAAGAAGAGUUCUGGAUGUACGUUUACGGAUUCUUUUUCGGAAAUUCAGAGGAAUGAAUUAAUCUUGAAUGAUAUCAUUUCCCUCCUUACUUUGGACCCUUUUGAUCCUUAAUAUGUUACUACAACAACAACAUACCUAGUGUAAUCCCACAUGUCGCAAACCUUACCUCUGCGGGGUAAGAGAGGCUGUUUCCAAUAAUCCUUUAUAUGUCAGCUUGCUAAGGACUGUACAUAUCUUGCAUUUAGUCAAAUCUUUAUCCAUCAUGAUUUCUGUGUAUUGGAAGUGUCUGAUGUGCUAUGCACUCAAGACAGUCAUUUAAUUUUAGAGGUUUUAUGUUCUGGGGACCA